UCCAGUAGCGAGAAAAAUGAGAAAAACGUGUUUUCCGCUCAAUGCCCACUUGUGUCACUUUUGCUCGCAACUUCAUUUGUUUCUUUUUUGCUCGAAGUUUUUUUUCGUUUCAUUUAUCGGCAAAGAGUUCAGAAGUUCUUUUUUCAUUCUAUGGGUGUCAUUUGAAAAAUAAUACCAAUAAUAAUACAUUGCUCAUCCGAAUCAGUCGUAUCAAAUUGUACGUUCACGUACUUGUCAUAUAAAUGUCUGUAUUUUUAUUCAAUCAAAGACGCAAAAUUUCAAAAUAAAUGUUAUCAAAUGGAAAAACACACUUGGCCUUGUUUGUUUAUGUAUUUGGUAUAUAGAUUGACUGAGAAUCGAUUAUUAUUUUAGCGGAAAAAAUAUGGAAAGUGCUUUGAAGACUCGCUUAAACGUGACUUCUUUUUUUUGCGCUGUCGAAAAUCAGCAUUUGGACAAGUAAAUACAAACUCUUUGAAGAUAAAAGCGAAUCCAUCGUCGAUUAAGUAUUGGGUACAGAGUAGUUUAGUGCCUAAAAUAAACAACUUGUCGAAAUAAACGUCGAAAAAAAGCAAAACAAAACUCACGAAUGUCGAUCGCUGAGUCAUUCUCGAACAAAAAAGUUAUACUUUUUUUUAUGAUUAUAUCGCAAUGUGUGUAUGGCGUAGAUAAAAAAAAAGUUGUUUACGUUAUGGCAUAGAAUGUGAGCAUUUAAAGCAAUUCAAAUUUUGAAGUUUUGCAUUGAUGAGCGGAACAACCAAUUCAUAUAUACGUCUACUAACCGUACGUAAAUUAUACACGAUCCAACAAAAAUAUUACAAACAUAGAGAAGGAAUGAAAAAUAUUAUUAUACGUUGGGUAAGUAUAUCACAUUGAGCACGGAACAAGACGGUGCGGAGCGAGUAGUGAGCGAAGCGACAGCGUGCGAAACACACAGUGAGAGAGAACGGAGAAAUAUCAAAUUGAAUAUUGUAAACGAAUGUUGCCUUGUUGCUGUUGUACCUUUAUUUAUGUAUGGCAGCACAUGAAGCAGAUAGAAAUGGGGGGAAAACACACUUAUUCGAUUCGAAAAAUACACACGCAAACGUGUCUCUCUUUCUCUCGCUCUCAGCAGCAGCGAGCGAGCAAGCGACCGACUGAGCGCGCGGGGAGUUCAAGAUGAAAACAGUGGCGAUUGCCAUUUAGUUGGAUUCAGUUGUGCGCAUGGUUCGGGUUUUCCUUUUAGCUGAUUUUUUUUGUUUAAACAAAACCAACCGGAAAAAAAAUAACAACGACCGAAGUAAUCGUAGAAAUUUGCGACGAAAAACUCCUAGUGGAGUCUAGUUAAAAAAUAUCGACAAAGAAGAGAGAACGUCAGAUCGGACAAUUGACAAGGCUGCUUAUUUCAACUAGCUGAGUGUGGGUUAACACUCAGUUCCAUCGCAGUGUGUAUCAUCAGUGUACACACGGCAUUCAUCAGCUCAUACACUUAUUUACGAGUUGUGAGUGUCACACGCGAUUUCGUCUCUCUCAUUUCGUCAUUUGUACAAAUGUGUGGCGAAUGUUUUCAGAAGAAAAAAAACGCGUAUUCAUCUCAGUUAUUGUAUUGUGACCAUUUUUGCGAUUUGCCCAAUGAAAAUAGAGCGGCACCGAGAUUGAGUCAUAGAUUUUAAAAGAAAACACAAAAAUUAAUGUGUAAAAACAUACAAGAGAUAUUAUAAAAUUGACAGUGAUUCAAAAGCGUCUAAAACAUUCGUAAUACCUACUUGAUAGGAUCAUCACGGCAAAAGUGGCUAAAAUAAGCGACAACCGCAAAUGAAAAACAGCGCACUCCAAAAAUAAAGAGAAAAAAAAAUUGAACAUAAUCAGUGGUGGGUCGACACAAGUCUAGCUACCGAAGUGGUUUUUAGGUGAACAAUUCUAAUUGAUUUUUUUUCUACUCUAGUUGAGUUUGUGAUAUAUUGAAAAGUGCUACCGAAAGUGAGUUGAAAAGUUUCCUCACGACAAGUUCAAAUGUUUAUAAAGAGAAGCUAAUUGGUUGCCAUUUUUUGAAUGGGUUGUUAUUGAAAUAAACAAAAAUAUUGAAGAAAAAAACCGAAUUCAUCGACUUUGAAACUAAGGUGAAGGUUUUUCAGGGUUUUUUUAUUCUCUCUUUCAAACGACAUAACGACGAAACAUGAUAUUUUGUGAAUGAAACCACGACCAAACGAAUGUUGAUGGACAAAACUGUGACAACGAUUUCAUUGAUUCAAUUAAGAUUUACUGGACCGGAUAACGUCACACAAGUUCAUUGUUCCAUUAUUUAUGGGUGAUGAAGAGCCGCCGCACAGUUUUAUUGGAAAAACUAAUAACAAAACAUUGCCCAUAUUCGAUAGCAAACGAGUUUGUGAAUAGACAUAGAGCGACCAGCCAGCUAGCGUAGCGUAGCGUUGUCCAUCGUUGUCGACACAUAGGAAACUCAUUUUGAAGGGUGAUAAAAAUUCCGAUAAUCAUCAUCAUAUUUGCAACAUAAAACCGAUAAAUCCCCAGCGUAAUUGAUAUAAAUUCGACGAAUGUGAUAGAAGAAUCGCUUAAUCUGUCUAUGUGUGUGUGUGUGUGUGUUUAUUCUGAACUUUGAAUCUGACUAUAAUAGGUCUAUUUUUCAUUCGAAGCGUUCAACAACUUUGAAAAGAAAAUUUGAACAUACAACCCCCACGACGACGACUACAACAACGACGACGGAAAAAUUUAUUCCGAUAAAUUGUUCGGUUCUGUUAUUUUUGGUUUGGGGUUGACAAUUCGUGUUGUGUGUAUUUAGCAUUGUGUGUUAUGUGCGUAUUAUAUGCGGCUUAUAGCAACGACGGAACAAGAAAACAGUGACAUUUGGUAGUGCAAGUGUGUGGGAUUCCGAAAGCGACGAGAAUAAUACUAUCGUAUUAAGCUAUAUUAUCAUAAUCAAGUGAUAAAAGUCAUUGGGAAUAUUCACAUUUACAUUGUGCUACAUGCGAAUAUAUUCGACGAGGGAGAGACACAAGAGACAAAUAGUAGUCGCAUCAAAUACACAUCUUCGUGAACUUUGUCAGCAUAACACUAUUCACUGAUUCGCAUACGAAACAAAGUACAAGAUAUGAAAUGGAGGACUAUAAAUUCUUAUUCAAAGUUGUACUAAUUGGAAACGCCGGUGUUGGGAAAACGUGUUUAGUGCGUCGUUUCACACAAGGUGUCUUUCCACCGGGACAAGGGGCUACGAUUGGAGUGGAUUUCAUGAUUAAAACCGUUGUGGUUGAUAAUGAAAAAAUAAAACUUCAAAUUUGGGAUACGGCUGGUCAAGAAAGAUUCCGAUCAAUUACUCAAAGUUACUAUCGCUCAGCACAUGCUCUGAUUCUAGUCUACGAUAUCAGUUGUCAGCCGACAUUCGAUUGUCUACCCGAUUGGCUGCGGGAAAUUCAAGAAUAUGCAAAUUCAAAGGUGUUAAAAAUCUUGGUGGGCAAUAAAACUGAUCGUGAUGACCGCGAAAUACCAAUGGCAAUUGGUGAGGAAUUUGCCAAGCAACAGGGCAUGUAUUUCCUGGAGACGUCAGCCAAAGAAGCCGACAAUGUUGAGCGAUUAUUUUAUGAAAUUGCCGCUGAACUCAUUGAACAGGCACGCACAAAAGAGGUACCACGUAGCGAAACCGGUGGAAUAUCGAAUUUAGGAACCAAAGCGAAUUUACUGAGUCAAACGACAAGCAAUUGCUGUAAUAAUCUAAAUCUUGGACCAAGCUAAACAGCAACAAUCAAAUCUCAUGCAUACCAAUAUUUUUAUUCCGAUUUAAACACAUCACCAUUUGAUUAGAAUCAUAAACUAUGACGACGGAGCAUCAGUCAUCCGUUGUAGUUGAAUCAAAUACAAAUCAAAGAAGGAGCAAAAGUACAUUAUAUCGUAGCAAAUAUAUUGAUAAGUAUUUAUAUAUAUCCAUCGCCUGCAACGAUUCCAAUGUUGCGCACAAUGUCAUUUCAAUCAUGAUGUUCGGCCGCUAUUCGGAACAGCAUUUGUUAUCAUUUUUGUACGUCAUCGUUGUUUUUUGUUUUGUUCAAUUUUUGUAAAGAACAUUUUGUUUAUGUAAACGAUUUGUUGAUCAACAACAAAUUUUUUACCGACAAAUACAGCCUACAGCCAAGGAAAACCGCUUUAAAUCGGUCCAAAUGUGACUGUUUUAUAUUGUUGUGAUUUGUUAGUUUGCAACUAAAGAGUUUUAGAACCAUUACUUUUUUUUUUUAAAUAAUAAACAAGUAGUAGCUUUUUAGAGCCCACACUUCGAACGUACUUUUCUCAAUUAACCAUUUAAUGUGCCUGGCUUUGAAAUAAAUGUCUUAAUUCCAUGUUCGAUGGCACAUUUGAUACAAAUCUGAAAACAGACCAUUUGGACAGACUAGAAUGUCCUCACACACAUUUUUGAUGUUUCAUUGGACAAAUGAUAAUAAGCAAAAUCACUUUAGAUAACCACGAGUAGCAUAAAAUGAUAUACCAUUCCACUAUUCUCGAUUCGAUCAAAGCCCAUCAUCAUAUGUGUAUAGCUUUUCGAAAUAGUGUUUGGAGUCAUUCGAUCAUGUUGUCAUCACUGUAAAAAAAAUGAAUUUGUGAUUUUAAAUUAGGGACAAUUUUAUCAAUAAAACCAUGAAAAUAGAA